AGACAGUCCGUCGACCGCGCUGACAGGCCGACAGUUCGUCCACGGCGGCGGGCCCGUUCGCCUCCUCCGAGCAGGCGGAUCUUCGGCUUAUCGUCUACCCUUAUCUAGAGGCGUCGUCCUCGUCGCGGUCGUCGCGCUGUUUAGUGCCGAGGUCCGCUUCCUGCGCAGUCCGAACGUCGCCGUCGACCGCCGCACCUCGCCGACGACCACCACAUCUUGAAGUCACUCGCCACACCGCGCCACCGCACCGUGCCGUCGACCGCUGCACCUCCCCGUCAACCGCCUUACCAUUGACCACUGCACCUCGCCGUCGACCACCGCACCGUGCCGUCGACUGCUGCACCUUGCCGUCGACCGCCUCACCUUGCCAUUGACCACUGCACCUCGCCGUCGACCACCGCACCUUGCCGUCGACCGCCUUACCUUGCCGUCGACCACCGCACCUCGCCGUCAACCACGGCACCUCCCCGUCGACCGCCGCACCUCGCCGUCGAGGACGCUGGCCUUCCCUGACGUCGACCCUCGGGCCACGCUCCGACCAAGACUGCGGACUUGAGGCCCGGACCAUGGCCGACGACGCGCUGGACGCGAUGGAGAAGCCCAUCGUGGACGCCGCGCUGGCCCUGGAGCUGGCCAGCAGACUGUACGGGUUCGCCGGCGGCGCCAUCACCGAGAUGGUCGGCUACGACGACAAGAACUUCUGGCUGCGGCCGAGCGACGUCACAGACAACCCCAACGUGAAGAGCGUUGCCCCCGACGGGUACACCCUCAAGGUGACCAACAGCCUGGACAGCCGGAACCAGGAUUUCAUCGACGGGCAAAAUCGCCUAUUGGCGUUCCUAGCGGAAAAUGGAGUCAAAUGCCCGCGGCCGGUCAGGAACAAGCAAGGGAACAUGCACUCAAUGGAGCAUUUGCGAGAGGACGGCCCCGGCCACGCGGUGCGCCUCCUCGAGUUCGUGCCGGGGAACAUUUUGGGCAAAGUCCCGUGGCAGCGCAGCUUCCCGCUGCACGUCGGCCGGGAGCUGGCCAAGAUAACCAACCUGAUGGACGAGAUAGACAUCCCCGGCAUCAAGUGUCGGACGACGGAGUGGAGCUUGUGGGAGGCGCCGGCCGUGAUGAAGCACCUGGAGCACGUCAAGGACCCCGUCAGGAAGAUCAUCGUGGAGGAGGUGCUGGUCGCGUUCCAGCGGGACACCGAGGCGCACAAGGAGGCCCUCCAGGAGGAGUCGGGCCUCAUCCACGGCGACUACAACCAGUACAACAUCGUGGUGCAGCGGGCCGCCGAGGCCGGGGAGUGGGCCGUGGCCGGCGUGCUGGACCUCGGCGACUGCCACUGGGCACCGCGGCUGUUCGACGUGGCGCUAGCCGGGGCCUACAUGGGCAUCACGAGCGGGGACCUGGACGCGGUGGGGCAGGUGCUGCAGGGCUACAGCGAGCACAGGCCCGUGCCCGCGCACUGGGUCAGCCUCCUCAAGGUGUGCGUGUGCGCGCGGCUGUGCCAGAGCCUGGUCCUGGGACUGCAGUCUCACGCCAUGGACCCGCAGAACACUUACGUGCUAGACAGCCAAGAGAACGGAUGGCCACUUCUGCAAACGUUGUGGAGGAUGCCUCAUGGAUCGAUCGAACAGCAAUGGCAAGAAAAAAUCAAGUCAUGAUAGAUGGAUUGAUUACUAUUUUUGGAACAAAGAAAAGACAAUGGAUCUGCUGGCAGAAAAAUUUAUUUGGAUGUCAUAGAGAGUGGAUAGAAAAUCAAUUGUAAUGGAAUAAUGUUACAAAAAUACUGACACAUAAAUUAUGAAAUACAGACAAUAAUUCAUUCAUGACAUCACAAGAA